UCAACACAUAUAUACAUACAUACAUAUAUAUAUAUGUAUAUUUGUGUGUUCGACCUAUCAAAUUUUAGACUUGGUUUCUAAGCUCAACAGAAGAUAGAGAAACCCUAGAAAUUAAUCUUGUGAGGGAAGAAGAUCGAGAUGGGAAGAGGAAAGAUCGUGAUCCAAAGAAUCAACAACUCGACGAGCCGACAAGUGACCUUUUCCAAGAGGAGAAAUGGCCUGCUCAAGAAGGCCAAGGAGCUCGCCAUUCUUUGCGACGCCGAAGUCGGAGUUAUCAUAUUUUCGAGCACCGGGAAGCUCCAUGAAUACUCGAGCUCGAGCAUGAAAUCAGUCGUCGAGCGAUACUCAAGAGUGAAAGAAGAACAUCAUCAACUAGUUAAUAAUCCAGGAUCUGAGAUCAAGUUUUGGGAAAGGGAAGCAGCAGCAUUGAGGCAGCAACUGCAGAGUUUACAAGAAAAUCAUCGGAUAUUGAUGGGGGAAGAACUAUAUGGAUUGGGUGUUACAGAUCUACAGAAAUUAGAAAAUCAACUUGAAAUGAGUUUGCGAGGCGUUCGUGCCAAAAAGGAGCAGGUGUUAACCGAAGAGAUCCAAGAGCUAAAUCGUAAGGGAAACCUCAUCCACCAUGAAAAUGUUGAGCUGUAUAAGAAGGUGAAGCACAUAGAACAGGAAAACAUGGAAUUGUAUAAAAAGGCUUAUGGCACAACCGAUCCAGUAAACGAAAAUGACUUUCUCCCUUUCGGUUUCGCAAUCAACUCUGAGCUACUGUACGGACCAGUUCAGCUUCAGCUAAGUCAGCCUGCAACGCGUGAUAUUCAAACGCCGUUAGCCAGACCGAGGUAACGAUUCUAAUUGAGUGGAAGGAUUAUCAGCAAAAUAGGGGGUUCAAUUAAUCCCCAACACAGCUCGCAUGGAAUCCAAAUGCAUUUGAAGGAUUG